UGUUCAACAAGGCAUGCUACUAAAACCAACACAAUCCGGGUCAAAUUUGACCCGGUUGUUCCCCUUAACAAAACAAGCAAUCGAUUCUCUAUUACAAGCUCACUCUUCGUGUCCCACUCAGCUCAUGCAAGCCCAUGCACUACUUUUAACAACUGGGUUGUCGAUCAAAAACAGUUUAAUCACUCGAUUACUCGAAAAUUUCAUAAUGCUUGGUGACAUGUCAUAUGCACGCAAACUGUUUGAUGAAUUGCACAAGCCAAGAGCUUAUCUAUGGAACACUUUAAUAAAAGGGUAUGUUAAAUAUGAAAUUCCCUGUCAAGCUGUGACCCUUUAUAGAGAUAUGCAUGGUCUUGGUGUUCGUCCCGACCCGUUUACGUUCCCGUUUGUUGUUAAGGCUUGCGCUGAGUUUUGGGAUGUUUGGGUUGGUGCUGCGGUUCAUGCUGUUGUUUUGAAGUACGGGUUGGAGUUUAUUGCUAUGGUGAGGACUGAGUUGAUGAUGAUGUAUGUGAAAUAUGGGGAAUUGAGUUAUGCGGAGAAGUUGUUUUUUAGUAUGGAGGAUAGGGAUUUGGUGUCGUGGAAUGCGCUUAUCUCAGCGUAUGCUCAAAAUGGUUAUGCUGUGAACGCUUUGAGGAUGUUUCAUGAAAUGCGUGUAGGGGGGAUUAAUCCGGAUGGUGUGACUAUUGUGAGUGCUUUGUCAGCGUGUUCACAAUUGGGGUGCUUGGAGACUGCGGAGAAAAUAUAUGAGUUUGGAAGGAGGGAAGGAAGGGUUGAAGGUAAUGUGUUUAUUGAUAAUGCAAGGUUAGAUGUUUAUGUAAAAUGUGGAUGUAUGGACAUGGCUUUCAAGCUUUUUAAUAGAAUGCCUUACAGGAAUGUUAUUUCUUGGAGUACUAUGAUUGGGGGUUAUGCUUUGAAUGGGGAAAGUGGCAUAGCACUGAAAUUGUUCUCCAGGAUGAAAUAUGAGGGGGUACAGCCAAACAGUGUGACCUAUCUUGGGGUUCUUUGUGCCUGUAGCCAUGCCGGCCUAGUAGAGGAAGGAUGGAAUAACUUCAAUAACAUGACGUACUCGGAUAAUUGUAAUUUGAAACCUAGAAAAGAACACUAUGCUUGUAUGGUAGACCUUCUUGGUCGGUCAGGACGCCUUGAAGAGGCUUAUAACUUUAUUACAACCAUGCCAAUCGAGCCCGAUGCAGCAGUUUGGGCAGCUCUAUUAGGUGCUUGUUCAAUUUAUCACAAUAUUGAUAUGGGGCAGCAUGCGGCGGACAUGCUUUUCGAAUUAUCCCCUGAUAUAGCAUCAUAUCAUGUUCUAGUGUCCAACAUGUAUGCAGCUGCAGGCAGGUGGAAGUGUGUUGCAAAAGUUAGGCACAAAAUGCGUAAAAAAGGUGUAAAGAAAGUGGCUGCAUACAGCUCAAUUGAGUAUAAUGGCCAAAUUCAUAUUCUUUAUGCGGGAGAUAGAUGGCAUCCACAAAUGUCAAGAAUAUACCAGAACUUGAAGGAACUAAUUGAAAGGAUAAAAACAUGGGGUUACAGCCCAAAGUCUGAUUCCGUAUUACAUGAUGUUGACGAAGAGGAAAGAGAAGAAACACUUAGCACUCACAGUGAAAAGCUUGCUAUUGUAUUUGGUCUUAUCAAUAUAGAAGGUCAGAUGCCUAUCAGAGUGAUUAAGAAUUUGAGGACAUGCGAUGACUGCCAUACAUUUGCUAAAAUCGUCUCAAAAAUGACCAUGAGGGAGAUCAUCAUGAGAGAUAAGAGUCGUUUCCACCAUUUCAAACAUGGGUCUUGUUCGUGCAAAGAUUUUUGGUGAUUUGGCUUAAUGCAUCCUUCUCCCAGUUUGCCAAUGGUGAUUUAUGUUUUGUCACUCAAACUGCAACAAAAUUAUGAAGAAAAGCUGUUGGUGAAUUGAUUAAAGAUUGAGGCCCAACUUUCUAUUCGUAUGUGAUGUUCCAGUGACACGGAUCAUAUAUAAGUUUGUCAAAUGAGUGACAUAUGCUUAGUAUGCAGGAUUAUAUAAUAUUCUUAUGUGCAUACGAUAAGAUAAACAGACUCUGCAUGGACAAAGAUCUACUCUACCACGACUUAUAAACAGAAGAAAUGUAGCUCUUCAAUACAUUCGCAACUAAGUGAAAAUAAGUUGAUACACAUCAGCUCUGAUGAUUAUGGGUCUUUUAUAUCCACUGAUCUCCAUUUUAAGGCACUUCUUACCUGACCCAGAAAUUUGUAUUUAUAGCCUUCAAUCUGUCCUGUCCUUGAUAUAUAAUGUUCUGUGGUUUUAUGAAGGCUGAGGGGUUUCAUAUAUGUUGGAAUCAGAAUCAUUAUUGUAUGCUGAGGCCCUCAAGACAUAACUGGAUAGUACAUGUCUAUGGCAACUGGCAUCUCUGAAGCCACUAAGGAUCACAGUCCAGAUGAUCUUCAAUGUGCUGCUAUGAACAUAUACAGCAAUUCUGAUAAAGCACUUUCACUCCAGAGUACAGACUUGGUGGGUAGAUGGAAGCAAUAAACUUAAGUUUUCUAGAGGUAGUUGCAUCCUCAUCAUCCUUCUUUAAAGAACAUUUAUAUGUGCAUUAUUACGGUUGCAAGCAAACAUUCAUUUUCGGGGAAAAACUAUUUUCAUUCACAAAAUUAAGAUCUCAAUGUCCCUCAU